CUCGAGGAAAACCUGCGGUAGCUCUCGUUGACUCCACCCUUGCAGACUGUUUCCCAUCAGCCGGCUCUCAUUCCAGAUCCUGCAGGCAAGCAGUGGACAUACUCGUGCAGCCGCUGGUAUCAUGAACCAGCCCUGAACUGUGGAGCGACGUGACCAAAGUCAAAAAAAGUCUCAGACUUUCACUGACACUCCUUCCCGGUCAUGGGGAAGGUCUACUACAUCAGUAAGAACGUGGGACUUGGACUACUCGUGUUAGCUCUGAGCGCUCUGGUGACCAUUGUAGCACUGUCUAUCGCCUAUGACAAGGAGAGGUCCAAGAAUCGAAGCAGACCCGAAGAACAAGCGGCGGUCAACAGUGACACCCCCGAUCCGACUCCAGUCGCGUCAAAGGAUCCGUGGGACCAGUACAGACUUCCUUCCGCCCUGGUCCCCACCACCUACAAUGUGACGCUAUGGCCUCGCUUGAAGCCCGACGCAAACGGCCAUUACAUCUUCAGCGGACUCUCAGAUGUGGUCUUCACCUGCCACCAGGCCACAGACCUGGUCCUCAUCCAUGCCAACAAGCUCAAUUUCACCACCUUCAACGGGCACCACGCCUUGCUGAGCGACCUGUCGGGGGCCCGGAUGCCGACCAUCCGCAAGUCUUGGCUGGUGACAGAGACAGAGUACCUGGCCCUGGAGCUCAGCGGCAGCCUCACAGAGGGAGUGUCCUACAUCUUGCACACCGAGUUCCAGGGAGAAUUGUCGGACACACUGGAAGGAUUCUACAGGAGCGAGUACUUAGAGGAUGGCGUGAAGAAAGUGGUUGCCACCUCUCAGAUGCAACCCACGUUUGCCCGGAAAGCCUUCCCAUGCUUCGAUGAACCCGCCAUGAAAGCUGUCUUUAAUGUCACCGUCAUCCACGACCGGGACAAAGUGGCUCUGUCCAACGCCCGGGAAUUAGAUGUCAGAGAUGUGGUCAUGGAUGGGGUGGCGGUCCGAGUUACAAAGUUUGAGCCUACGGCGAAGAUGUCCACCUAUCUGCUGGCCUUUAUCGUCAGCGACUUCAGCUAUAUUGAGUCUACUCAACAAAAUGGCGUACAGGUGCGGGUUUGGGCUCGAAGAAAGGCCAUUGAGGCCGGACAUGGCGACUACGCUCUUAAUAUCACUGGAAAAAUUCUUCAGUUCUAUGAGCGCUACUACGACACACCCUACCCGCUCCCCAAGACGGAUCAGGUGGCUUUGCCUGACUUCCAAGCCGGUGCCAUGGAGAACUGGGGCCUGGUCACCUACAGGGAGACGGCUCUACUCCACGACCCGAACAAAUCCUCAGCCGGAAACAAACAACGAGUGGCCAGUGUCAUCGCACACGAGUUGGCUCAUAUGUGGUUCGGCAACCUGGUGACCAUGCGCUGGUGGAAUGAUCUGUGGCUCAAUGAGGGCUUCGCGUCCUACGUGGAGUACCUGGGAGCGGACUGUGCCGAGCCGCAAUGGAACAUUAAAGACCAGAUCGUUCUGGACGACGUCCAGCAGGUGUUCAGUCUGGACGCCCUGGCUUCCUCUCACCCUCUUUCCCGCCGCGAAGAUGAGGUGAACACACCUGCUCAGAUCAGUGGGAUAUUCAACACCAUCUCCUACAGCAAGGGGGCGGCGGUCCUCAGGAUGCUGUCCAAGUUUCUGGGUGAAAGGGUGUUUGCCAAGGGACUCAGUACUUACCUCAACGCGUUCAGCUUCGACUGCACCGUGUACACAGACUUGUGGGACCACCUCCAAAAGGCAGCGGAGGACACUCCGGGCUUAGGUAUCCCACGCACGAUCCACGACAUCAUGAAUCGCUGGACUCUACAGAUGGGCUUUCCGGUGGUAACCAUCAACACCAAGACCGGACUCGUCACCCAGCAGCACUUCCUGGUGGAUCCAGAGUCGGUGGUGGACAGGCCCUCGCAGUUCAAUUAUACGUGGUUUGUGCCUAUUAAAUGGAUGAAGACUGGUGUUGAGCAGCGACAGUACUGGCUUCUCCAUAAAACAGACAGCCAUCCUCAAAUGAGAGUCUCAGGAGUCAACUGGGUACUGGCUAACACCAAUGUGUCAGGAUACUACAGGGUCAACUACGACAUGGACAACUGGAAUCGCCUAAUCUCCGCGCUGGAAGCAAACCACCUGACCAUUCCCAUAAUAAACCGAGCGCAGAUCAUUGACGACGCCUUCAGCCUGACACGAGCCAAAAUGGUGGACGUCACACUGGCCUUUAGGACCACCAAGUACUUGUCCAAGGAGACGCAAUACAUCCCGUGGAAGGCAGCAUUGGGAAACCUCUACUUCUACUACCUCAUGUUCGAACGCACCGAAGUCUACGGACCCUUACAGGCGUACACCAGGAAGCUUAUCCAACCUCUUUUUGAGUACUUCACGAAGAUGACGCACAAUUGGACAACGGUCCCUGAGGCAAUCACCGACCAGUACAAUCAGAUGAACGCCAUUGGAAUGUCUUGCGCAGUGGGUAUGCCGGCCUGCAGGGACCUCAUCAAAAGUUGGUUCAAACGCUGGAUGGAUCAUCCGGAAGACAAUCUGAUUCAUCCCAACUUGAGAAAUGCCGUGUACUGUAUUGCCGUGGAACUGGGCGGCGCAGACGAAUGGGACUUUGUCUGGAGGAUGUUCAAGAAUGCCACGCUGGCCUCCGAGGCCUCCAGGCUCAGGUCGGCCUUGGCCUGCACGAAAGUUCCCUGGCUGCUCAACAGGUAUUUGGAUUACACUCUGGACCCGACUAAGAUCCGUAAGCAGGACGCCUUGUCCACCAUCACGAGUGUGGCCCACAAUGUAGUGGGCAUGCCGCUGGCCUGGAACUUUGUCAGAGCACAAUGGAAACAGCUUUACCAAGAAUAUGGAAAAGGAUCGUUUGCCUUCCCCGGGCUCAUCAGUGGAAUCACCACGCGCUUCUCCACAGAGUUUGAGCUGCAAGAGUUGCAGAGAUUCAAAGAGGAUAACCAGGAGGUGGGCUUUGGCUCAGCUACCCAGGCACUGGAGCAGGCCAUGGAGAGAACGUCUGCCCAGAUCAAAUGGGUGACGGAGAACAAAGACCGAGUUCUGGACUGGCUCUCUGGAGAGUCUCUGUGAAAGGGGGGAUGUUGGGAAUAACUCUUCUGUCUUUUUUAUGCUAUAAUCAUCAGGAUGCCUAAUCUCUGCACCAUGUUGUUGGAGUACAGUUGCGCCCUUUUUGUUUGUGUGUAUUAAAAUGGUCACUUUCUAGGAAGUUACAAUAACUAAUGGUGCAAAAAUGAUAUUCAUAAUGAUGCCUUUGGUGCAAAAAUGUACCAAAAAGGCUCUUAAUGCACAUUCCAAAAAUGUGUUUCCUCCUCCUUGGCCAUGUAUUUGGAAAGUAUUAAAGCAGGAAUAUUACCAAGUAACCUCAAUAACGUUGCAUUUAAAAAAUAUAUAUUUUAUUGGAAUAACUACGAACAAUGAUAAUAUAAUGAUACCGCAGUAUGUAUAAGAUAGAACAGGUUGUGGUCAAAGGCAGUAUAACUCAAAACAGCUCAAGUGUAGAUUUUUUUGUUUUUGUUUUUACCCUAGUAACACAUUUCUAACGUUUCAUAAAUAAAGUGCCUGAAAAAGUAAACAAAAUAUACAAAGACUCCAAGCAAAUAAGACCAUCAUUUUUGAAGUAUGAAAUUUCCCAGUUUUCGUUAACGCACCAUUGUUUUUCAUGGACUCCAUUAGUGUAUAGUUCACAGCAAUCAGCUUUUUGGAUGGAAUCUCAGUUUGUGGUAGCAAACGUGUACAUAUAUAUGUGUGUAUCUAUAAAUGACUGCAAACUAAAAACACCUUAAAUUCUACCAGUGUUAAACUCACUGUAACCAAAGUUAUGUGGAAGCUGAUAAGCGGUGAAUGAUUACACAUGUGAAGGGUUUAUCUAAGGUCAUCUAGCUGCUAGCUACCAAAGUGUGUUUAUUAAGAAUUUGGAUGUUGUGAUCUUUUGUUCGGGAACAACAUGUAAUGAGAUGAUGUUUGACAAAGAUAAACUGUCAAUGUCUGGAUGUUGUACAUCAUAUUUUACAUUUAAAA